UACAGUUAACGUCUAUAAAACACGCCCAUAAAAAAUAUAAAAAAUAUAUCAAACGCACUUGUAAUUUGACGAUGAAUAUCAAUGCAUUGGUAGUUUUUGUUCUUUGUAUUGCCCUAUCAGGGACCUUAGACUUAGAACGUCUAAAGUUUCAUAGGAGCUGGCAGUACUUACCAAAAGAAUCGUGCGGCUAUGGUAUAACAACCGACAAAAUCAUAGGAGGCAUAGAGGCCGGUUUAGGACAAUUUCCAUGGCUUGUUCGAUUGAUUUAUAGUGAUAAUAAAACAGAUUAUUAUGGAUGCGCAGGAUCUAUCAUAAACCGUUGGCAUGUUCUUACCGCGGCUCACUGCAAUGCAGGCGUUUUAAAGAGAGAUAUCAAGUCUAUCCUAGUAGGAGAAAAUUUUAUGGCCACUGAGAUAGACUGUGAAGGUGAUUUUUGUGCACCGAAACCUGUAAUCAUACCUAUAGAAGUCGUAAUAAACCACUAUGUUUAUCCAAAACGUAUUACGGCCACCGCUCUUGGAGAUAUUGCUGUCGUAAGAACAAAGUCCCCCAUUAUCUUUAAUGAUUUUAUUCGGCCGAUAUGUUUACCAACUGACACGAUUAUAAGGAAUAUUAAAGCUGAAAUGUCCCUUGGAACAGAAAUACAAGUGGCAGGUUGGGGGUUGACUGAUGCAGUUACCGUUGAAAUACCCUCCAAUAUGAUGCAUGUCACUAUGCCAGUAGUGUCAUUGAACGACUGUAGGAGAAGGUAUACGGCACAUAUCAAUUAUUCACAGAUAUGCAUAGGUGAAUCUUUUGGAAAGGAUUCCUGUGUUGGUGAUUCUGGUGGACCAGCUAUGAAGGCUAUCACAUUAGAUGGCCCACCAAAAUACUACCUUAUGGGAAUAGUUUCGUACGGUGCCAGGUUGUGCGGCACUAGUGUUGCUAUCUACACCAAUGUUACUUACUAUAUGGAUUGGAUUUUAGAUCAGAUCACGAAAUAAACAUAGAAUAACAUUUCCAGCUGUUAUAAAAUUAUUUAAAUAAAGAAUUUAUUAAAAUACAGACAGAUUAGCUAAG